AUGGUGAAACAUAGAUGUUUGCGUAAGUCAACUAUAGAGGUGCAACCACAAUCAAAUGUGGAUGUUAAAGGUGAGCAUCAGAGCCUAUCCGAAGAGCAUGUGAAGCACAACACUAAUCAGCUUCAUAUGCAAUCAGAUUCCAAUGAGCACAGCCUCCCAGCUACCGACCCUUUGGUCCAUGUAUCUCCUACAAAUAGUAAUGAACCCUCAACUCCGACGAAAAAAAGAGGUCCUACUUUACUGUCUGACAUCUUUAAUCAGCCUUUAACUGAAAGAAUCAUUGUGAGGUUCAACAACCGUGGACAAACUAUUGGAAGUGAGGGAUGUGUACUUGCUAGUUUUUUGGGCAUUGUUGCAAGGGACCCAAUUAUGUCUCCUCUAAAUUUUGAAGAUUGGAGGGCUUUUCCAAGACAUGAAAAAAAGGAACUGUUAAAAUUUGUUAAGAAACGCAGCGCUAUCAAUAGAAUAAACCGUGCAAAACAAACUAUGGCUCACACAGCAGGAUCGAAGAGCUUUGCACGUUUGAUGGCUGAAAAGGAAAUGAUUUUGGAAAAGCUUAGCCAAACUCCAAAUUCUAUUGAGCAACCUCCAGGGAGUGUUGCUUGGGAAGCAACUGAUGAGACAGUCCAAAAACUAAAGGAUGAAAUGAAAUUGAUGGAGCAAAAACAUGUUGAUGAACUGAACGACAUGAAAUCUGAACUUAAAUUUUUCAGAGCAUGUAUGAGCAAGAUAUUUCCUUCUGAAUUUGGAAUUUCUGGGUCCAGUGGGGCAUCGAAUGGAACUUCUAGGUUGAAUGAGACAACGAAUAAAGAGGUUCAUGAUGCAUGUAGUCCUCUUGAUAAAGAAUGA